GCGAGUGGCUGAACUGUUUAUGUUUGAUUUUGAAAUCAGUGGAAUCCAUCUAGACGAAGAAAAGCGUAGAAGAGCAGUGGACCUGAAUGUUGAAAUCUUGGAUCUGAGCAGCACCUUUCUCAUGGGAGCCAACUUUCCAAACAAGAUUGAGAAGCGUCUCUUGCCCGAGCAUAUCUCCCGCAGCUUUGCACGGGAUGGGGAGCAUGUGGUGAUUGAUGGUCUCCACGCAGAAGCCCCAGAUGACUUGGUUCGAGAAGCUGCUUAUAAAAUUUUUCUUUAUCCCAAUGUUGGUCAACUGAAAUGUUUAGAACAGUUGCUCAGCAGUAGAGAUCUUCUGGCAAAGUUAGUAGGGUAUUCUACAUUUUCUCACAGGGCCCUGCAAGGAACAAUAGCUCAAAAUCCAGAGACUGUCAUGCAGUUCCUUGAGAAACUAUCUGACAAGCUUUCUCAAAGAUACAAUAUUGAGCCCAGUUUAUACUGCCCAUUUUUCUCACUGGGAGCAUGCAUGGAAGGUCUGAACAUUUUGUUUAACAAGCUGCUGGGCAUUUCGUUGUAUGCAGAACAGCCUGCAAAAGGAGAGGUGUGGAGUGAGGAUGUCCGAAAGCUGGCUGUCGUUCAUGACUCUGAAGGAUUGUUGGGGUACAUUUACUGUGAUUUUUUCCAGCGAGCAGGCAAACCACACCAGGAUUGCCAUUUUACAAUUCGAGGAGGCCGACUGAAGGCAGACGGAGACUAUCAACUCCCAGUUGUAGUUCUCAUGCUGAGUCUUCCUCAUUCCUCAAGGAAUUCACCUACUUUAUUAACUCCCGGAAUGAUGGAGAACCUCUUCCACGAAAUGGGCCAUGCCAUGCACUCCAUGCUGGGACGGACUCGGUACCAACACGUCACUGGAACCAGGUGCCCCACUGACUUUGCUGAGGUUCCUUCUAUUCUGAUGGAGUACUUUUCAAGUGACUAUCGAGUGAUUAACCAAUUUGCCAGACAUUAUCAGACUGGGCAGCGCCUGCCAAGGCACAUGGUGUCUCGCCUCUGUGAGUCCAAGAAGGUUUGUGCUGCCGCCGACAUGCAGCUUCAGGUCUUCUAUGCCACCCUGGAUCAGAUAUACCACGGCAGGCAUCCCCUGAGGAAGUCCACCACAGACAUUCUCAAGGAGACACAGGAGCAGUUCUAUGGUUUACCCUACGUCCCCAACACUGCCUGGCAGCUGCGGUUCAGCCACCUCGUGGGCUAUGGUGCCAAAUACUACUCGUACCUGAUGUCCAGGGCCGUAGCAUCCAUGGUUUGGAAGGAAUGUUUCCUACAGGAUCCUUUUAACAGGGCAGCCGGGGAGCGCUACCGCAGGGAGAUGCUGGCACACGGAGGCGGCAAGGAGCCCAUGCUCAUGGUGCAAGGAAUGCUUCAGAAGUGCCCUUCCAUCGAUGACUUUGUGGGUGCCCUGGUUUCUGACUUGGAUCUGGACUUUGAAACAUUCCUCAUGGAUUCUGAGUGAUGGAGAUACCCUGAGUCCCUGAGUCUUUUGAAUCAGGUUGAGGAGAUGCUAACUUUUGUUAGAAGUACCACAGCUGUGACAACUCCGAAUAUGCACUUAAUGUAGUAACUUCUGACAAACUUUCAACUAAUGGAACUUGGAAUAAAUAAUCUGUUUGAAUUCUACUGGCUUCUGGCCUGUUUGGCAAAUUUUUGAACAUGUGGAAAUCUCCACAGUGAGCUGGCGAA